AUGAUACAUGUGUCUGAGAAAGAAAUCUUUGUCCCACCCGAAGUGGCCCAUCUUUACCUCAUCCCACCACCAUUGCAUCUGGGUGCGCCACUCCUACAACAAUUUCUACUAAAGCAUUACGCUGUAAUAGGACCAUCUAGACAUCUCGGAACUAUGAACUCCCCAUUCUCCCAUUUCCUCCGAACCAACUAUGCGCUGUCCGACACCGACUUACAACACCCAAUUCGCCACCUACCACUAGAGAUACUGCGGGAAAUAUUUCAGUGGUGCCCAGAAUUGUCUAUUCGCCUCACUCACGUCUGCAGCCUCUGGAGGUCGAUACUCCUGUCUGAUCCUCUUCAGUGGUCCACGGUCCACGUCAAUUCGGUAGCUGAAAAACCCUUACGUCGCCUCGUUCAGCUAUUUUCAGAACGCUCACGGGGCAUUCCACUCAAGUUGUCCGUAUGCCUCAAUGAAGAUAAGGCCACUCGGAGGUUGAAAGUCCCGGAUACCGCUGAAGGUUGUCGGAUCCUUCGAGUUACAGGGUUCCCACAGGCUGUCAUGGGUCUCGAUGUCGAAGCACCAUCGAUCUUGGAGGACUUGUCUAUCGACUGUUCCCAGUUUCCCGCUUCUCAUUCCACCAAUCCUCUUCGCCGCCGCGCUUCUUAUCACCCCGCUUCUUAUCACCACCUGAUUGCGUUGUACGAGCCAGAUACUAGGCCUGAGCCGACGCCAGCUUGUGGGCUCUUCGAAGCUGUUAACCUCCGAAGAUUAUGUCUUCGCAUUCCGUUUGUCAAUCUGAUCUUUCCCCGUCAUCCCAGAUUGAGUUGGCCAUAUUUAACGGAGUUGACCUUAGACGGACUGGGGUGUGCGGCGAAGGCUUAUGCGACAUUGAAUGUUGCAAUUGCAGCUCGCAUUCUGAGUGGCUGUUCGCAGCUCGUGAGAUGCACCUUGUGGAUCGCAUCAUCCAUAGACAAAUCCGGUCUCGGGGAUGUUUCCUCGGCGCCUGAUAUAUCUCUUCCGUGUUUGAAGUAUCUUUUCACAUACGACAGGGUUGGCGAAAUCCGACACCUGUUUCGACUUCUUCAAUUACCCGCUCUUCAAGAGAUCGAAUUUCACCCUGAAAUACAGGCGAGCCAGCUGGAAAGGACACCCCUCUUGUUGUUACUCAGAAAGUGGGGUCAAAAUAUCGAAAAACUUACGGUUGACCCGAGUCAUUUCGUCAAGUACGAUCUUUGGCAAUGCCUCCGCCUCAUUCCUUCCGUCACCCAUCUCACAAUCACGCACGACGUUCUUUCAUCCGCAAAUUACAGGGGUAUGCGGCAGACACCUGUCAUUUUCGACGACAUCGACAUUCGGAAAUUGAUACCCCCUUCCACGAACCCCUCGGCCCUCUGUCCUAAAUUGAAGAAGUUCCAUUGUUUGCACCAUGACGUUACGGAUGACAUUCUUUCAAAAUUUUACGAGACAAGAUGCGAGGGUGUUGCUGGGAUCCAUGAUGACGCAAGGUUCAACUUUAUCAUGGCACCUAUGUCCCCUUUCGCUCCCUUCUUCCACACAAACUAUGUGCCAUCGGAUGCUGAACUUGGAGAGAUAAACUUGAUUGUCACUGAAGCAGAGUCCAAGCUUUCGAAACUGGUCGAGGAGAUUGCUAAGCAAUCCUCCAAGAGUUUCUUCGAGAAGCGGGACGCGCUCCAGGAAUUUAUCAAUUCGCAUCGCGCCCUUACAUCUCCCAUCCGCCGCCUACCAUUUGACAUAAUCCGGAACAUAUUCUUGUUAUGCCGUCCCAUAGAGACCGAUCGAAUCAUGAAGGCAACGGACGCCCCAGUACUUAUCACGCACGUGUGCAGUCAUUGGAGAUCCGUUGCGUUGACAGUUCCUCAUCUUUGGACGACGAUAUACAUCGAUAAACCCAAGGAAAAAUACUCAUACCAGCUCGCAUGGAAGUUCUUGGAACGUUCAAGGGACCUGCCCUUAACCUUCACGAUGCGUUUGGAGCAGAAAAUCAGCCCAAGUGAUCAGGAUUUUCUUAGUCUAUUAUCGCAUUCUGCGCAUCGCUGGAGGAUGCUCCAUAUAACGGGCCCGAAAUUGGCUAUUAUCCCCUUUCCCGUUGAUGUUUCCCCAAUUCUAGACGCGCUGUCUUUCGAUUGCUCUGAAUAUCCUGCCUACUGGCUACAAGCUGAGGAGGAGAGCGAUUUCUUCAAAUCCAAUCUAUUCAAAGCGAAUAACGUUCAGCACCUUUUUCUUCGAAUCUCAUUCAUCGGGUUCACCAGUGGAAGCUUUCCCUCAUUUUUUCCACACUUAACCGACCUAGUCCUCGAUGGGACAACCCGUGCUCCGGGGAAACAUCUCUAUUUAUCAGUUUCCAAAGCAUUUCUUAUUCUUUCGCGCUGUCCGCGGCUUAUCCGCUGCUCGUUAUGGAUCGCAACUUCAACCUUCAAAAGCGAUGGGUUUGCCGCACAUGUAAUGUCAUCUCAGCCUAUAUCCCUUCCUUUGUUGGAGUAUCUCUUCGUCUUCGACGCGUUCGCAGAAGCCAAAGGUUUAUUUCAGCUUCUUGAAUUGCCUGCUCUGCGAAGAGUGGAAUUUCACUCAGCAACGCAAGCUACACACCUCGAGCGAUCCCCACUCUUGUAUCUAAUCAAGCAUUGGGGUCAACGUGUAGAGGAGCUGGUCGUCGAUCCAGCCUAUUUUGCCAAAUACGAUCUCUGGCAGUGCUUCCGCCUACUGCCAUCCCUCAGGCACCUCACGAUCAACCACAACAUCGUUCCUUAUACCAACUUCCAAGAGGAUGACUGGUUGAGAUCGGCCCCUGCCAAUUGUUUUGAUGACGCAGACAUCAAGAUAUUAACCCCGUCUGCGACUACGCCUGUCAUCUGUCCAAAGCUACAGGUGUUCUCUUGUUCCCAUCAUCGCAUUACAAGACCUGCGCUGAAGAAUUUCAUUGCCGCUAGACGCGCAAUGCCAGGUGUGGAGCCAUUGUGGAAAGUUGUUAUAUCGCCGCCCCCGGGUCCCCAAGAAUUACUCCCACCAUUGUAG